AUGAAAGGUCUGUUCCGUCGUGGCAACAAGUCCAACAACAAAUCGACCGCAUCACCCAGCAGUAGUAGCACCACGAGUUCUUCUCAACAAAUUGAAAUCUCAGCUCCCUUCAACGUUCGUCUCGAACAUCAUGUCGAUUUUGAUCGCGAAUUUGGUUUGAGUGGUGUUCCCAAAGAUUGGGAUUUGUCAAGUCUUCAAGGAAUUCAUUUCACAGUGGAUGAUGUCAAUAAUAACAAUAAUAAUAAUAAUAAUAAUAAUACUACUACUAAUGGUUCACACUCGAGCGGUUUGAAUGGAGAAACUUUUUCAGCGGAAUUGGACCAUCAUCCACAACUAACAUCAUCAGGUUCUCCUUUUCAUCCUAAUACGAAUGGAGGAGGAGGAGGAGAUUCCUCUCCUUCCUUGUCAUCAUCCAAAUCUAUUGAUUCCAUUCCACCUGCUCUCAAUACGAGUUCGGUAGUGACCACCACAACACCUUCGAACAACAGUAGUGGUUCACCUUCUCUUUCCAUGAGUGACCACCACCAUCAUCAUAAGAAUACUACUACUAAUACUAAUACUACGACUACUACUACAACCAUAACAACAACAAACAACAACAACAACUCAUUGGCCUCUCCUUCUUCCUCUUCGUUUUUUAGUAAAUUGAGAGGAGGUAGUGGUAGUGGAAAUUCAUUAUCGGGUAGUUUUAUGGGAAAGAACAAACAACAACCACCUCCCACCUCUCCACACAUGGAUGUGGCUGUCCAUAAUAAUAAUACUGGGAAUGGCAAUAAUGGAACCAAUUCCAAUCCGGAGAGUCCAUCCAUGAUGGUCGUGACAAGUACUUUGGGUAGUAAUAGUAGUUUGAAUCAAUCGACACCAAACUCGUCAACUUCUCAACCACCAUCUUUGAGUCAACAUGAACAUUCCAAAUCAGCCUCUCAGGGUUUCUUUGCUAAAAUUUUCACAAAAACCAACUCGGCGAAAACAGUAUCGACACCUUCCGAACAGAGUGCAACAAUGGAUCAUCAUGUGAAUAGUAGUGGACAAUUUGUAAUGAAUUUCACAAAUGUGAAAAGAACAGAAGCUGGUUAUUAUGUUGAAGUUGGAAAUACUGACACGUCUUCAACCGCAACAACCUUGUCAGCCAAUGUAUCAAAAUUCAAAAAAGACAAACUUCUCAUUGAUUUAAUAAGUCACGAGAAUCCAUUUCGUCUCUUUACUAAAAUGAAAAAGAUUGGUACAGGAAGUACUGCAGAUGUUUACAAAGCCAUUCAUGUUCCAAGUGGUAAAAAAGUAGCCAUCAAAGUCAUGCCACUGACAACUUCAAAGAAUACAAACUUUGACAUGAUUGAGAAUGAAAUUUUCAUGAUGAAACACGCUUGUAAAUCCUAUUCUUCUAUAUUUGACUAUGAUGCCACACUCGACAAGACAUUGAUGGUUCAAUAUUUUGGAACUUAUUCGACUGUGAAUUGUCAAGUUCAUGAACAUAUUGGAAGAUAUUUAUCUGAUUCUAAAAGAAGAAAAUUACAACAACAACAAGAACAAAAUUCAUCUCAACAACAAACCAAUUCAGCUGUUUCUCCUAAUUCUUCAAAUGGCAUUACAACAACCAUUGAUAUGGACACCAUGUUGGAAUAUAAAGAAAAAAGUCAUGACGAAUUAUGGGUCACUAUGGAAUAUGUCUCUGGAGGAAAGUUAACAGAUUUAAUUGGAGAUAAUAAUGUGAUACAUCAUCGAUUUUUAGAAAGUGAAAUUGCUGCCAUUUUAAUACCCAUUCUUAAGUGUUUGCAUCUUCUUCACACGAAAUAUGGUGUCAUUCACAGAGAUAUCAAAUCCGAUAACGUUCUCAUUACACGUGACGGUAAAAUUAAAUUAGCAGACUAUGGAUUCUGUGCUGAGAAUACUGGACGAAGACGUUCUGUCGUAGGUACUCCGUAUUGGAUGUCUCCAGAAGUCGUCUCAGGCGCUGAAUACAAUGAAAAGACCGAUGUGUGGUCUUUGGGAAUAUUAAUCUUGGAAUUGGCCAAUGGAACUGUUCCUCUCAUGGAACAUACUCCUAUUCGUGCCUUGUUUUUAAUUCGAUCUCAACCUCCUCCAACAUUUACCUCUUCCUCUGAAUGGAGUGAUGUCUUUCAUGAAUUUCUUUCGAAAUGUCUCGAAAAAGAUCCUCAAAAGAGAGCCAGUGUGGAAGAAUUAUUACAACAUGAUUUUCUCAAGAAUGCAUCGAGUUUAGAUUUUCUACCACCUCUAUUGAAUCGAAUUCGAGCUGAAAAGAAGAAACGAAAUAUUAAGGAAAGUGAAAUUGGAUUACAAGUUGUGAAAUUAAGAAAUUCUCAAAAUGAACAAGAUGAGAGUUACGAUCAAGACGAUGAAUAUGAAACUAGUAAACGAAAAAAGAAGGGUAUUGGAAUUAUGGGAGUGGUCAUGAAUGAACAACCUUCUUCGAGACAAGAUGAAGAAGAAUAUCAUGAAUAUAAUGGUGUUGGUGAUGGCGUUGGUGGUGACGACCUUCAAGGUGACGGAACCAUGUUGAAUGAAUAUUAUGGAGGAACUCUUGGAGAGGAAGGUGUGGAUGAUUAUGAUGAAAUGCUCGUAUAG